AUGGGGAACGAAAUUUCCGCACGUCAAACGGAGGUCAGCAAAAAAUACAAUAUUCCACUAGAGGACUUACAAAAAUGGUACCAUGGUGAUUAUAUUAAUUUUUUACAAAAAGAAAUUAAAGAAAAAACGUGGGAAACAAAAUACAAAAGUGCCAUGAAAGAUGUUAAUGAUAAACCUAUAAAUGAGACAGGUAAACAAUUUUGUAUAUGGAAAAAAAUACAAAGAGAAAUAUUUGAAGCUGUAUUGGAUAAUCAUAGAUUAAUACUUUAUACAUGGGAAGAACGCGCAAAACCAUUAAUAGACGAAGCCAAACUAAAAGUUGCAGCUAGAGAGACAUGUGAAGAUGAUAAAGAUGAAAGAAAAAUUAAAGAUGAAGAUAGUGGUGUGCAUAGUACUGCUAAGGGUAGUUUUCAAACUAUAAAUUUGGGUAUAUGUUUGCCAAAUAGAAGAAAACAGAUUAAUGAGCGAUUAUAUAAUGUACGUAAUCUUAUUAAAAAUGUAAUUUGGUCAGAAGGAGGAAGCGAAAGUACCAAAGCUCAAUCUGCUGCUAUGAGUCUUAUAGGAAGUCUUGCACUCCAAACAGAGAAAGAAAUAGAUAAUUUAUUUAAAAAACGUCCGCAUAAUACCGAACAUAUAUGUGAAUUUUGUAGGAAAACAUAUGCUGAUUAUAAAGAUAUAUCAAAAGGUAAAGAUAUUGUAAGAGAUGAUGUGUCGCAGGAAGUAAACAUAUUGCUAAAGGAAAUAACUACACAAUUAGGAGGGGAAAAGAAAAUGGACAAAAUUUGGGAAACAUAUUUUAAGAAAACAAUAGAAGAGAAAUUAAAAAAGUUAAAUAUAUAUGAAAAGAGUUCAAAAAAUGAAAAAGCAUGUACUUUAGAUCGUUCGGAUGAACAAACACCUCAAUGUUUGCGUUACAUGGAAGAAUAUUUAGAAGAAGUCUUACACCAAAAAGAGUUUAUAGCCAAAAGAAUGCGAGAAGUGUGUUCUGGAGAUUUUAAAAUAAUAAAUAACCAAAUAGCAAGUCAGAAACAAUUAUGUAAAAUAUAUUGUGAUAAUUAUAAAACCUUUUUAGAAAAUAGUAAUAAGUGUUAUGAUAAAUAUAAAAGUAAUUGCCAAAAUACUAUAUCAGAAGAACAUUAUAAGGGUGACGAAGUUUAUAAAACAGAAAUAAAUAAGAUCGAAAAAAAAAUAAAAGGCAAAAGCGCUUGCCAUAAGUGUGGAAGUGACUUUGACAUCAAUUUAAAUCCAUUAUUUGAUGAAAAGGAUCCUGAUAUUAAUAAAUGGUACGUUUGUAACUGUAAUGGAAAUGGUAAAAAUCGUCAUGCUUCAUGUAAUGAAGAAAAAAAAAAAACUCCUAUAUCACUUAAAGGUGAUUGGAAAAACGCUAUACAAAAGGAUAAACAAAGUAGUCUGAGUAAAUCAUGUGAUUUAGAUUGGAAAAAGCACGCUAUUGACGGUAAAGGUGAGGACCCGUGUGCAGGUGUACCUAGUGAUAGUGAAUGGCACUGUGAUGGUCUUAACGUUAGAGAAGAGGGGAUAUGUUUGCCUCCACGAAGACAAGAAAUUUGUAUAUCAAAUAUAAAAAACAUGGGAGACAGUGAUAUAGAAAAGAUUGAUAGUGAUAAAUUAUUGUUGGAAACAAUGUUGGCAGCGAAACAACAAGCGUGGAGAGUACACAACAAAUACAACAAAAACAAACGUGGCAUACUACGUGAUCCUUGUGAUGUCAUCGAACGUAGUUUCUAUGAUUUUGGAGAUAUAAUUAAAGGUACAGAUAAAUCGAAUGACAAGGAUUCGGUGGAGACGGAGAAGAAAUUAAGAAAAAUAUUUGAAACUAUACAAAAGGAUUGGAAAAAAAAUGGUAAUACGAAAUAUGAUAGUAUCACUUCGUAUGAUGGUCUUGGCGAGUUGCGUAAAGAUUGGUGGGAAGCUAAUAGAGAACAAAUAUGGGAAGCUUUUAAAUGUGAUGGUAAUAUAGGCAACAAGUGUGGUAAUUUACCACAGGAUAGUCGCUCGCAGUUUUUAAAAUGGUUGGAUGAAUGGGCUACGGAAUUUUGCAAUGAACGAAGAAAUAAGGAACAUUUGGUGGCUAAGGCGUGUGAGUCCUGUAGUGACGAUGAGUGUUCAAGUACGUGGACAUCAUGGUGGUCAAGUUUAUUUUCGCCAAUGUACAAAUUUUGUGAUUGCAAGAACCAGUGUAAAUCUUAUUCUACAUGGAUACAAACUCAAAAAACUCAAUUCGAUACACAAGCAAAAUAUUACGAUGAAAAUUUAACAUGGUUAGAUUUUGGUAAUACUAGGGGUACUAGGAAUAGUGGUAGCCAUACUAAUAAUACCACUAAGAGUAGUGUUUCGGAAUAUUUGAAAAAACAAGUGGGAAGUAAAUGUAACGAUUUUGAUUUUUCAAAACCUGAAAAGAUAUUUUCGUCCUAUCCUGAUGAGUCCCACUACAGACAUAAAUGUAGUAAAUGUUAUGCGCAACAAGAAGUGAACUUGACAGAUGAAGACGGAAACAAGAAGACGGUAUGUGGUAUCAAUAAAAUAUUAACUAAAGAUAAAAGUAGUAACAUCACCCAUGAUUGCAACGAUAACAAUCUAGUAAAUACAGUACGAAAUGAUGAUAAUACCGAUUGGAACAACAAAAAUGUAAGUAAAACAUAUAGUGUGAGUAGUGGAGGUAAUGUUGGAGUUUCUCCUAGAUACAACGAUAUAUGCAAGGAUACUAUCAAUGACAGGUACAACACGAGAACCAAGUAUACGGAAGACCACGAUUAUUAUUAUAAUAAUCGUAUGUUAUUGUCGGAACUUGUUUUGGUAGCAAAACAUGAAGGAAAAAGCUUGCGUGAGCAUUAUAUGAGUAAAAAUGAUAAUAGUGUUUCGUGUACUGCUAUGCGACGAUCAUUUGCUGAUAUUGGAGAUAUAGUUAAAGGGGCAAGCAUAUUUUAUGAUGAAAACGACGAUGUUGAAAAACAUUUGAAAGAAAUGUUCAAUAAAUUGAGAGACGAAUACUAUACCUUUGGAGAGGACAGAAAUAUAUAUGGAUAUAUUGGUGAUGAUAAGGGGUUAAUGAAAUUUCGUAAAGAUUGGUGGGAAAAGAACCGUCACCUGAUAUGGGAGGCAAUGAAAUGUGGAAGCACAAACCGGAAUAACUGUGAUGGUCAUAUGGAUAUGGAUAAAGUUCCUCAAGUUUUAAGAUGGAUCACUGAAUGGAGCGAAUCAUUUUGUAAAGUUCAAAAAGACCAAUAUACGACUUUGAAACUUGCAUGUAGUGACUGUAUUAAUGGUAAAUGUAAAACAAACAGUGGAAAGGACACACAAAAAUGUCAAACUUGUACCAAAGCUUGUGAAGAAUAUCAAAAAUUCAUUAAUAAAUGGUCUAACCAGUGGAAAGAAUACAACAAAUUAUAUACCGAGUUGUACAACAAAGCUUUAGAUGUUGCUGACAGUACAACUGAUGAUAAUGCUUUAUAUAUGAGGAACGUGAUACGUGAAAAAAAUUGGGGAACAUUGCCAUUUGCUUCAGAAUAUGUGAAAGCAACAAUGAAGAUUAACGAAUGUGAGACACAGAAUGAAUUUGGAAAAACUAUUAGUGGUAAAUAUGCGUUCGAAGAAAUGCCAGAAUCAUUUAAAGAAGCAUGUAGUUGUAAUAAAACCCAACAUAGAGAUAGUACAAUUAGUGAAGAUACUACUACCACACUUAUUACACCACAGACAAAAGCAGAUUUAUGUAAUAAAAUAUAUGGUGAUAUAAAUUAUGAACGAUGGGAAUGUAACCAAAAGGAUAAAGUUGGAACAGAUACAUGUAGAAAAAAAGAUGAAAUUAAUACGAAUCAAGAAUUUGAUGAUUUCUUGGAACAAUGGGUAAAAUCGUUUUUGAAAGAAUAUGAAACAUUUCAAAAAAAAAUAAAUAAGUGUACAAAUAUUGUAAACGGAAAUACCUCGGAUCCAAAUACUUGUCCUAAUGACGAAUGUCGCGAUAAAUGUUAUUGUUAUAAAAAAUGGGAACUUAAUAGAAAAUAUGAAUGGAAUAAACAAAAAGAGUAUUUUAAAAAGCAUAAUAAUGAAAACCACGCGAAUACUGCUGAUGGAAGUUUAGGACAUUUAGGUACUCUUGAAUAUUAUUUGAAGACAGAAUUUAGAGACGAGCUUCUUAACGCUUUAGGUCCUCAAAAUAGCAUACAGGAGGCCCAUGAUGCCAAUGAACAAAACGAUGCAAUCACACAAAUAUUAAUGAACUCAGAAAAAUUAAUUGAUGACUGUGUGAAAUUAUGCCCUAAAAAACUGACCUGUGAUGAAAAAGGGUUUGUAACAAAUUGGAAAUGUGAUGAAACCAUUAUAAACAAAAACGCACAACCAAAUAAUACACUUAAAUACUGUAUAAGGGAAAGUAACCAUAAAGAAGAAAAAACAAUAAAUGCUCAUAAUUUUUUUUUCAAUGUUUUUAAUGAUUGGUUAGAAGAUAUUGAUCGUACCAUAGAAGAAUAUAUAGAGAUAUUAAAAACAUCGUGCGAUAAAACAAAACAAGAAUCCCAAAAUGAUAAGGAAUGCAAUUUGUGCAAAGACGAUUGUGAAUGUUACCAAACGUUGAAAGAAGAAAUUGAGAUACAAUGGAAAAAGCAAAAAAUAUAUUUUGAACGGUACAAAAAAAACCAUGACCAAAUGCAAGAUAUUGAUCUUGACACAUAUUUACAAGCAAAAUGUGAAUUGGACGCAACACAAAAAGGAAAAAGUGAAAGCGAUGCUGAAGAAUUAUGUAAAAAAAAAAACAUCAAUAGCGGUACUAUUUUUGACGAAAUGUUAAAUAACAGCACGGAGAAAAAAAAAUCUGUAUGUGAUGUGUGCAAAGAAGAUAACAAAUAUGAUAAUCCUGUUGAGGAAAAAUUUUGUAAUAACAUUCAAGAUGCUAGUGAUUGUAAUGAAAAAACGUUUCAUGGAUUAACCAAUGAUGGUAAAGAGAAUAAAGGAUGGCAAUGUAAAAAAGAGAGUACUGAUGGAACUAUACAAAAAGAUGUAUGUGUUCCUCCACGAGGACAAAGUAUAUGUGUAGCAAACAUGGUAGAUGGUAAAGGAGAUUUUAAAACUGAACUGAACGAGGAAAAGCAUUUAUUAAAACAUUUAAAAGAUGCAAUGAGAACUGAAACGAAAUAUUUAUGGAAGAAAUUUGGACAAAAGGAUACUGAUUAUGAAAGAGCGUGUAAGUUAACACAUAGAAGUUUUAAUGAUUUCAAACAUAUGGUUUUAGGUGACAGUAUAUGGCAACCUGAUAGUAUAAAAUCAAUAGAACAGCAAAUUGGUCAAAAAAUAUCAACAAAAAGUGGUACUACUCUUACUAGUGAAGAACGGGAACAAUGGUGGAAACAAAAUGAGGCCGAAUUUUGGGAAGCAGUCAAAUGUGGAAUAAGGGACAGUGGUAAUAAAUCAGGUGGUACUCCUCCCACCGGAUUGGAAUGCCCCCGACUUAUCAAUGAUGAUGAUCAGUUUGAAUGGUGGGCAAAAGAAUGGUCCGACGAUUUUUACGACAAACGGAAAACAUUGGUUGGACAAGUGGAGGCGGAAUGUAAGGAUGGUAAGGUGUGUAAUGGUAAAACAACACCUGAAGGAAAAUGUGGAGAUAAAUGCGCACAAUACAAAACUUUUCUAACACUUAAACGUAAUGAAUGGACAAACAAUUUCAAAAAAUAUUUAGAACAAACAUCAAACAAAGAUAAAUACUCGCCCCAUAAUUUCUAUUUAUUAUAUCCUUGCACAUAUCAAAGUUGUGACAAUAAAUAUAUGACGGCAUUGUUAGGUGAUAAAGAUUAUGGAGAUAAGGAAAAAACGUGUAAUUGCGGUACGUCACCAAGCGCUGGUAGCAGUACCGAUACAGAAAACCCGUGUGAUGAUAAAUUUGAAUUCCACGCAUGUAAUGAAAAAAAAUAUGAUUUAGGUUUAUGGAGCAGCAUAUAUGUGAAAAAUCCUAAAGAUCGAAGUAAAGUUUUUGCCCCGCCAAGACGUAACAGUAUAUGUAUAGGAUGGUUAUUCUCUCCACUAGACAGUGUUAAAAGUGGCAAUAAGGAUGCGAAAGAGGAAUUGAAACAAAAAGUUAUUGACGCGGCAAAAGGAGAGGCACACUAUUUACAUAAAUACUACAAAAACAAAAACCGUAGUAGCCGAAGUGGUAGCACCACUGAACCCCCACCCGGAUAUUGUUCCGCACUGAAAAGGUCGUUUGCCGAUAUUGGGGAUAUGGUUAAAGGCACAGAUAUGUGGUCUGGAGGGUAUUCUCCACUGGUCGAAAACAAUAUUCAAUCAAUAUUUCAAUUAGAAAAUGAUGGCAAAAAUGGUAAAUUAAUUAAAACAAAAGAAGAAUUACUAGAAGAACGCAAACAGUGGUGGGAUACUAUCCGUGGAGACAUAUGGAAAGCAAUGAAUUGCGACAACAAGUGUGGUACAAAACCUAGUGAUGAUGUUGUUCCACAAUUUUUACGUUGGUAUGAAGAAUGGUACGAAGAGUUCUGUAAAGAACGACAAAAAUUAUUAGGUGAAAUAACUACUGGUUGUUCCAAUAAAGGAAAUUUUGAUAAGUGUGAAAAAAACGAUACAAACUGUCAAAACGCGUGCACAAAAUAUAGUAAAUGGAUCAAUCAUAAAAGAAAUGAAUGGAAAAAUCAAAAACACAAAUAUAAAGAGAGUUAUGAAGAUGCACAAUUAAAUCCAGACGAUGAUGAAUUUAAAAAAGAAACAAAUGGUAAGCAAAAACCAGAAGUUUUUUUAAAAGAUAAAUAUAACAAUUUAUGUGAACGCACGAAAGUGAAUGAUAUGGACUUGAUAGUUGAAAAAAAAGACGAUAAUUACAAAAAAAAUUAUGAACCUUUAUGUACUAGAUGUCGGGUGAAACAACUAAUUGAUAAAGCAGAAGAAAUUAAAAAAAAAAAUGGUAGAGCACAGAAAAAAACAGCACUUAUUACAACUAUAGACAAUAUAUGUAAAGAUAAUAUAAAUGUAGAUUGUUACGAUGUGAAUGAAAACGGUUUAAUAAAGGUUCCUAUUGAACCUGAUGAUAUAAAUCGCAAGAAAAAUAAAGAAGGCCGUAGCGUUAAAUGCGGGGGCAUACCUAGUAAAGAAGAAGAUAUUAUAUGGAAAACAGGGACUCAGUAUAACUGGGUUAAAGGUUUAAAUGAAAACAUACAUAUAUCGCCAAGAAGAGAAAAACUGUGUUAUAAUGAUCUAGAGAAAUCACAUAGUAUAAAUAAUCUAAAAGAAAGAUUACUAACAGCUGCGGCGAAUGAUGCAUAUAAUUUAGGAAUAAAAUAUACUGAUUAUAAAAACCAUUAUGGAGUAAAACCUUGUAAAACGUUACAAUAUAGUUUUAAUGAUUAUAAACAUUUAAUUCAGGGUGUUGAGCUAUUAGAAAAUGCUAAUCAAGGAACGGAUUUAAAAAUAAAAGUUUUAGUUACAAAACAAUAUAGUUCAUCAUCUAAUAGUGGUAGCACAGACGAACAAAAACGUAAAUAUUGGUGGGAUAACAACAAACGAUGUAUUUGGGAAAUUAUGAAAUGUGGUUAUAAUAAAGGAAAAGAAGAAGCAUAUGAUAAUGGAAACAUACCAGAGUUAAGUACAAAAGAAGGUGGAGGCACCAACAGUAAUUGCGAAAUGCCAACCGACACAGAAAAUACUGAUCAAUUCUUAUCUUGGUUACGCGAAUGGUACGAGGAUUACUGUAAUAUACGAAAGAAUUUGAAAUCUGAAGUGGAAAACACUUGUAAAAUUAAUGGAGAAUAUUUUGAUUGCAAACAAUGUACUAAAGCAUGCAAAAAAUAUGAGGAGUAUAUGAAAAAAAAAAAAGAAGAGUGGAGAAAACAAAGUCAAUAUUAUAGUGAACAACAACAAAAACACAAUGCAAAAUAUAAAGGAUAUACUAGUGAUACUGCCAGGGAUUACUUGAAAGAUAAAUUUACUGAUACUUGUGGUGCCAAACCAAGUGGUACGCCAACAAGUUCUAUUGUUGGCAAGGACGUACAAGACAAUAUUGAUUUGUUAACUAAAGAACCAGGUCAUGAUGUAGACGAACAUUGCACGUGCAAAAAGUAUAAUGAUGAUAAAAUAUAUGAAGGUAUUAUAGGUCAGCGAAAUUGUAAAGGUUUAAAGAGUGAUGCUGAAAAGAAGAAAAUUAAAUGGGAAAAUAAGAGUGAUGGAUAUGAAUAUUUGACUGAAUUGCCUCGAGAAGCAUUUUUUCCUUCACGUAGACUACGCAUAUGUUUUCAGGAUCUAGAUGACAAUAAAAUAGUUAGCGAUGAAAGUGCGUUACGAAAAAGAUUGUUGGAAGUUUCCGCAACGGAAGGGUACAAUUUGGGCCAAUAUUACAAAGAAAAAAAUAAAAAUAUCAACGAUAAUGAUAGGUAUUCAUACGAUGUUAGUGGAUGUAGUGCUAUGAAGUAUAGUUUUUAUGAUUUAAGAGAUAUAAUUGUGGGUACUGAUAAUUUAGAACCACCAGAUAAAGGGACAGAAAAAAAUCUUAAAUCAAUAUUUGAAAAAGGUGGUAAUGGUAGUGGAGAACCUGGUAGUGGUGAUCGCCAAAAAUUCUGGAAAACCAAUGAGCAAUGCGUUUGGGAAGCAAUGAAAUGUGGUUAUCAAAAAGGUAGACAUGAUGGCGUCAGUGGUGGUGGUACUAGACCAAGUGAUACAGAUUUAACAAAUUGUGAUAGUGUUCCAAUUGAUUAUACUGUUGGAAAUAGUCGCAAUGAAGGAACGAAUCUCCAGUUUUUGCGAUGGUUUACUGAAUGGUCUGAAGAUUUUUGCAAACAUAAACAAAAGGAAUAUGCCAAAUUGGAUACGGCGUGUUCGGAAUGUACUAGUAGUAGUACUAGUGGUAGCACAAUAUGUGGGAGCGGAUGCGAGGAAUGCAGAAAAGCAUGUCAAAAAUAUCAAGAAUUUAUUAACCAGUGGAAAGUCCAAUAUAAUAAACAAAGUGGAAAAUUCCAAAGAGAUCAAAUUAGUGGAAUGUACAUCGGUGUUAAUGAAGCACAAUCCUCAUCCAGUGCUCAAGAUUAUUUAAAAGAAACCUUAAAAAAAAUGUGUACUAGUGGAACUACUGCGACUAGUGGUUGCAACUGCAUGAAUGAUGUGUCGACUACCACUGUCGGUGGUGCCACCGAUAUUCCUAAAUCCUUAGAAGAUCCACCUAGUGAGUACGAAAAACAGUGUAAUUGUUCAAAACACGCUCCUGUGAAACCUGCCCCGGCAAAACAACCAGACAUAUGUCAGCAGGUGGAGACAUAUAUUAAUGUUAAUAAUGGUAAAACAGGAAAACAGGGACGUUGCAAUCAAAAAAGUAGCCCGAAACCUUGGGAUUGUGAGGCAAGUAAGUUUAUAGGAGGAAUAGGACCAUGUAUGCCUCCUAGACGACAAUCAUUAUGUAUAUAUUAUUUAAAAGAACUGAAUGGUCAAAAAAGCCUAGACGAUUUAAAAAACGCAUUCAUCCAAUGUGCUGCACUAGAAACAUAUUACUCAUGGUUGUAUUAUAAAAAGCAUGGCGGUAACAAAUAUGCAGAACAAGAAUUAAAAGCAAAUGGUGCUAUCCCUGAUGAAUUUAAAAGACAAAUGUUCUAUACGUUAGGAGAUUUUAGAGAUUUCUGUUUAGAUACAGAUAUAUCAAAAAAAGAUAAACUAACUGAAGGUGUAGGUAAAGUAAAAUCAAAUAUAGAUAGAAUUCUCCAACAAAGUGACAAAAGUGAAGAAGCAAAACGUAAGGAUUGGUGGGAUGGAAUUGAAGAACAUGUGUGGAAAGGUAUGUUAUGUUCUCUACAACACGCAAGUGGUAGUACAGGCGACAAAAUCAAAGAUACCAACAAAUAUGAAACCGUGACGUUCGGUGAUACCACUGGCGGUAGUCCCACUGGUGUGAAGUUAUCCACGUUUUCGAGUCGCCCACAAUUUUUACGUUGGAUGACCGAAUGGGGGGAACACUAUUGUAAGACGCAGAAAAAACAGUAUGACGAGGUGGCUAGUGAGUGUCAGAAGUGCAAUGUUAAUCGUACUGGUGGUACAAAAUGUGAAAAUUGUAACGAUUGUAAAUCGAAGUGCGAAUUAUAUAAAACAAAAGUAAAAGAAUGGGAAAAAGAAUGGGAUAAACAAAAAGAAAAAUACCUAAAAUUAUACAACGAAGCAAGUGGUGCUAGUUCUCCUAGUGGUAAAUCUACACCACAAGACCAACCUGUGGUUACAUACUUGGAAAAAAAACCUAGUGGUGAUUACUCUACAGCGGGUGGUUAUUUAAAACAAGAAGGAUAUACUAGUGAGUGCGUACAACAAAAUAAAUUCGACAAAAAUAACAAUGAAGACCAAUACGCCUUUAAUGAUUAUCCAAAAGAUUAUAAGAAUAAAUGUGAAUGUGACGAAAAGACGCCACAAUCACCGGCGUCUCCAUCAUCACAAAGUAAUCCAAAUACUGCUGGUGACCAAGGUGGUAGUUCUCCUAGUUCCAUUGAUCCUAGUGGCCAAGGUAAUAGUAGUAGUAGUGGUAAUCAAAAUCCUAGCUCACCAGCAUCUGGAGGCCAACAUAGUAGUAGUAGUGUUGAUACGGGUAAAACUUCUAACCAAGCUAAUGAUCCCCCUGUCGUUCCUGGUGCUUCCGGUCCUGGUAGUACUUCUCAACGUAGUGGAGGAUCACAAUCUCCUGAGAUUCCCCAUAAUGGUUCAGGUUCAAAAAACAAAACUUCACAACCAAACAAACCUACUGAAGAAGAAUUGGAAAAAUGUCCUCUGAAAAAUGAUAAAUGUAAUUAUUAUGGAAAUAAUAGAAAAUAUAAAUGUCGACCAAAAAAACGUGAUAUAGAUUUGAAUGAUUGGAAAAACAUAGGAAUAAAAAUUUCUUCAGAUAUAACUGAUGGUGUGUUGGUUCCUCCUAGAACACGACAUAUAUGUUUUACAGGUAUUAGAAGAUAUUAUGAUAGGAUUAAUGAUCAAAAUAUGUUUAAGGAACAUCUUCUUCAUGAUGCAUACAAUGAAGGCAAAAUGUUAUGGGAAAUAUAUAAUAAUAAUCAAAACAAAGCACUUGAAUCAAUUAAAUAUAGUUUUGCAGAUAUAGGAAAUAUUAUCAAAGGAGAUGAUAUUUUAAAUGACGAUUUGUCUGAAAAAAUGAAAAACAUAUUUCUUAGAAUAAACUCUAAAAAUACACAGAACACACAUGAUGGUAAUAAAUGGUGGCAUGAAAAUAAAGAAAAGGUUUGGAAUGUUAUGAUAUGCCAUUAUAAUGGCGAUAAAAAGGAUUAUAGAUGUACGGAAUAUAACGAUAUUGAUAAAACCCCUCAAUUUCUUCGAUGGUUAACUGAAUGGGCAAAAUUGUUUUGUGAUGAAAAACAAAAAGAAGCACAAAAAGUAGUUAAUAAAUGUUUAGAAAAAACGAAAAAAGAAAAUGUUACAAAAAUUAGUGAUAUAAAAGACGUGAAAUGUAAACAUAUACUACAAAAAUAUAAAUAUUGGUAUGUUCAAAGGAAAAAUCAAUGGGACGGGUUACAAAAUCAAUAUAAAACUUAUAUAAAAAAUCACAGUUCAUCCGGUGGUACACAACUACCAUCAAAUGCUGAAAAAUAUAUAACAACAAAAUGUCCAAAAUGUGAUUGUAACUAUCAGGAUUUGGAAAAUAUAUAUAACGAAAUUAUAAAAAAAAACGAUGAAGUAUCUACAUUAAUUAAAAAAGCUGAAAUUGAUCAACAUAUACAAACUGAUAAAGAAAAAAAAUCAUUUGUUGAAACAGUAAUUACACAUAUUCCACAAAUUACACAAAUGUCUUUGGAAGCAUCAAAAGAAAUAAUUCCACUUGCUAUUGAAAGUGCAAUUAAAACGGUUGAAAAGGGGAUAAAGAAUACUAUACCUUUUUUGGAAGAAAUAAAAAAUCAUAUUAUUCCUACAUCUAAAAUGGAACCUAUAAAUCCAUCCAAACCUCCUGAGACUACAAAUGAAAACAAUGUACCUUCGAACAAACCUGUUAUUCCCAUGAAUAACAUUAACCCUCAAAUUAUCGUUUCGGCCAUAGGUGCAGUGGCCGCAACGAUACUUGGAAUCUUGCUUUACAAGUGGAAAGUCCCCGGUAGAUCUAGGAGUCAUGUCGAAGAUAUGAUACGGAUAUUAGAAAUGCCACAGAACGAUUAUGGAAUGCCGACAAAUGAGUCUUCAAAUAGAUAUGUCCCAUAUGGUCGAUAUAAAGGGAAAACAUACAUAUAUGUAGAAGGAGACGAACCGGACGAUUAUAUUCGCGAUAUAUCUUCAUCGGAUAUUACUUCUUCAUCAGAAAGUGAGUAUGAAGAACUGGAUAUAAAUGACAUAUAUCCAUAUAAAUCACAUAAAUACAAAACUUUAAUUGAAGUUGUUUUGAAACCAAGUAGCAAAACCCAUGAUGCACAGAAUACUCAUAUAGGUCAUAUGGUGAAUAAACCUACUAAUACACCUAUAAAUGAUAAUGAAUGGAAUCAACUGAAACAGGAUUUUAUAUCGCAAUAUUUAAAUAAUAUAGGAACUGACGUACCAUUAAAUAAUGAGUUACAAACUGAUAAUAUUUAUAAGUAUAUACAACCAAAUACUUUAUAUUUUGAUAAUCAUGAUGAAAAACCUUUUAUUACUUCCAUUCAAGAUAGAGAUUUACAUGGUGAUAGCGAUGUUCUUAGUUAUAAUAUUGAUUGGAACGUUCCAAAAAAUACAAAUAAUUCAACUAAUACUACAGAUGAGUCAAAAUAUGUUUCAAAUAAUAUAUAUACAGGAAUUGAUUUAAUCAACGAUUCUUUAAAUAAUGAUCAACAUAUUGAUAUUUAUGAUGAAUUAUUGAAAAGAAAAGAAAACGAAUUGUUUGGUACUAAAUAUACGAAACAUACAACUUUUAAUCGUGUUGCUAAACAAACAUAUAGUGAUCCUAUACUCAACCAACUAGAUCUAUUUCAUAAAUGGUUAGAUAGACAUAGAGAUAUGUGCGAAAAGUGGAGUAAUAAAGAGGAAAUGUUGAACAAAUUGAAUGAAGAAUGGAAUAAGGAAAAUAACAUCCAUAUGUCAAAGGAUAUAUAUGAUGAAAAUAACCAUAAAGUGCAUUUAAUUCAUGAAGAAUAUAAUUUAAAUAAUACACAAAAUAAUUAA